UCCCUCCUUCCCAUUCGCCAUCUUGUCGCUUUGCAUGGUGGGUGGAAGAAGAACGAUUAGAACUUUAUUAUGGAUGACAAUAGCACAUCAGAAGGGUGUUCUGAUAAAACUGAAAAUUCUUCUUUAGAAGGAACUCAUGUCCAAGAAGUCAUUGGUUUGCUAUUGGCAACACCAAAUGAACAAGGUGAAGAUAGUUCCCAUGUCAUCAGUUUGCCAAUUACUACUAAACCAGAUCCUGAUCCAUUGCCUAUUUCUUCUGAAGCAACAAUAUCAAUUUCUACCUCAUCUCCUCUCAACAUAUCAACUGUUGCACUAACAAAUGCUUCAAUGCCACUUGUAGAGCAUAAUUUAACUGAUCACACAGUAGAAACUCAUACUGUUCAGUUAGGUGAUGGAACAACAGCUUUGGUUCACACUCUACCUGCUGAUGAAGUAGAUAGAUUAGAUGGAAUGGCAAAAUUUAUAGAUGGACAAGCUGUACAGUUGGCAGAUGGAACAACAGCUCUUAUUCGAACAACUCCUCAAGAAGGUUUUCAACCAGUUCAGCUUGAAGAUGGUACAGUAGCUUAUAUUGCACCAACUGCAUCAGAAGCUCUCUUUGAUACUGAAGCUGGCUUGAGUUUAGAACAGUUAACAACAACACAGGGUAGUGAAACUUUAGAUGAUAAAUCAAAUUUGGAUUUAAAAGUUACUUUAGGUGUUCUUCAUUCAAGUAGACCUGUUGUUAGUGCCAAAGCAUUGGCAUUAGGAGAUAAAGCUUUUCGAUGUACAUAUGAAGGUUGUGGUCGACUAUAUACUACCCAACAUCAUUUAAAGGUUCAUGAACGAUCUCAUACAGGAGACCGUCCAUUUAAAUGUGCUGCUCCUGGUUGUGGUAAGGCAUUUGCAACUGGCUAUGGACUGAAAAGUCACACUAGAGUUCAUACAGGAGAAACUCCAUAUAAAUGUCCGGAAGAACAUUGUCAUAAAGCUUUUAAAACUUCUGGUGAUUUGCAAAAACAUGUUAGGACUCAUACAGGUGAAAGACCAUUCAAAUGUCCAUUUGAAGGGUGUGAUAGAGCAUUCACUACUUCAAAUAUUCGUAAAGUUCACAUCAGAACUCACACAGGAGAAAGACCCUAUGUAUGCAAGGAAGAAGGGUGUGGAAGAGCAUUUGCAAGUGCAACCAAUUAUAAAAAUCACAUCAGGAUACACACUGGAGAGAAGCCAUACAUGUGUACAGUUCAAGGAUGUGGGAAAAAGUUUACAGAAUAUUCUAGUCUCUAUAAACAUCAUGUUGUUCACACACAUUCAAAACCAUAUAGAUGUGAUGAAUGUGGUAAGACUUACAGACAGACUUCAACACUUGCCAUGCAUAAACGUACUGCUCAUGGAAUAAUUGAUGCAACUGAUGGAUCUUUAUUAGAUUCAUCGGUUUCUCUUACAGAAGAGAGUAAUUUAGAUGAUCCUGACAUGGAUUCAUCUAACAAAGAAGCAAGGAUACAUUUCCAUUUAGAAUCAGAAAAUCAAGACAACACAACAAAUCUUGUGAUUCAUCGACAGAAUGCCAGACAG